AUGGCGGCGGCGGAGGGCGAGGGGAGGGGACGGGAGCGGGAGCGGGAGCUGCCCCGAGCCCCCGAGGGCCCGGCGAGGCGGCGGCGGCCGGAGCAGCCCACGGGCCCCGCUGCUACCGGCGCUGCGGAGCCGGGAGCGGGAGCGGAGCCGGAGCCCAGCGUGAGCCGGCGGCUGCUCGGCUUCGAGCUGCGGGAGCUGAGCCGCUGGCACCGCUUCGUGCGGCUGCUGCACCGCCCCACGGACCCCGCCGCGCUCGGCGCCUUCCGCGCCGCCUUCGGGCUCCUCAUGGCGCUGGACGUGCCCCAGGAGCGGGGCAUGGCGCUGCUGGACCGGCGCUUCCUGGACGGGCUGCCGGUCUGCCGCUUCCCGCUGCUGCCCGCGCUGCAGCCGCUGCCCCUCGACGGCAUGUACCUGCUGUACGGCGUCAUGCUGCUCGGGGCGCUGGGCAUGAUGCUGGGCUGCUGGUACCGCCUGAGCUGCGUGGCCUUCCUGUGCCCGUACUGGUACGUGCUGCUGCUGGACAAGACCUCCUGGAACAACCACUCCUACCUGUACGGGCUGCUGGCCUUCCAGCUCACCUUCAUGGGCGCCGACCGCUACGGGUCUGUGGAUGGGCUCUUUCGGCCCCACAAGAGGAACGCGCACGUCCCGCUGUGGAACUACACCCUGCUGCGGGCCCAGAUCUUCCUGGUGUACUUCAUUGCGGGGCUGAAGAAGCUGGACACGGACUGGGUGAGCGGGUACUCCAUGGGCUCCCUGGCGCGCCACUGGCUCUUCGCGCCCUUCAGGCUGGUGCUGUCGGAGCAGAGCACCAGCCUGCUGGUGGUGCACGGGGGGGGGCUCCUGCUCGACCUCUCGGCCGGGUUCCUGCUGCUGCUCGACGCCACCCGCCCCAUCGCCCUCAUCUUCGUCACCUACUUCCACUGCAUGAACUCGCAGCUCUUCAGCAUCGGCAUGUUCCCAUACACCAUGCUGGCCAGCAGCGGGCUCUUCUGCCACCCGGGCUGGCCACGGCGCCUGCUGGCGCGGUGCCCGCGGUGGCUCCAGGGGGGGCUGCCCAGCACCCGCCCCCCCCGCCACAGCCCCGACUGCCACUAUGGGGCGCGGGGGGGGCUCCGGCCGCGCCAGCACCUCGCUGCCGCCUUCACCGUGCUCUACGUGCUGGAGCAGCUCUUCCUGCCCUACUCGCACUUCAUCACCCAGGGCUACAACAACUGGACCAACGGCCUCUACGGCUACUCCUGGGACAUGAUGGUUCACUCCCGCUUCCACCAGCACGUCAAGAUCACGUACGAGGACGGGCUGACCGGGGACGUGGGGUACCUCAAACCGGGGGUGUUCACGCAGAGCCGGCGCUGGAAGGACCACGCGGACAUGCUGAAGCAAUACGCCACGUGCCUGAGCCAGCUCCUGCCGCGCUACAACAUCUCCGAGCCCCGCAUCUACUUCGACAUCUGGGUCUCCAUCAACGACCGCUUCCAGCAGAGGCUCGUGGACCCGCGCGUGGACGUGGUGCGGGCGCCCUGGUCCCCGUGGCGCCGCACGCCCUGGGUGCUGCCGCUGCUGCUGGAGCUGUCGCCGUGGCGGCAGCGGCUGCAGGAGCUCGAGAGCAGCCUGGACCCGCACACGGACGUCGUCUUCAUCGCCGACUUCCCCGGGCUGCACUUGGAGAACUUUGUGAGUGAGGACCUGGGCAACACGAGCCUGCGGGUGCUGCGGGGAGAGGUGCUGGUGGAGCUGGUGGAGCAGCACCGCAACCACUCGCUGCGGGAGGGAGAGGGGAUGCAGCUGCCGGCGGGGCAGUACCACAAGGUGCACACGGUGUCGGCGGAGCCCUCGUGCUACCUCUACCUGUACGUGAACACCACGGCGCGGGCGCUGGAGCUCAACCUGAGCCGGCUGCAGGAGCUGCGGGACCGGGCACGUAACGGCACCGCCCCCGAGCCGCUGCCCCCGGAGCUGCGGCCGCUGCUGGGGGAGCCGCUGCCCCCCGGUGCCGCCGAGGACCCGCUGGUGGCGCUGCUGCUGCGCCGGGAACGGAGGGAACGGGAACGGGAACGGGAGCGCGGGGCCGGGCUCGGGCAGCGGCUGCGGAGGUUCCUGCGUAGGAAGCUCCGUUUGUUCCGUAGGAGCGUGCUGAUGACCUGCAUCUCCCUGCGGAACCUGGCCGUGGGGCGGCCCCCCCCGGAGCGCCUGGCGCAGGAGCUCGCCUUCGCCGACUGGCGCGAGGAGGAGGAGGAAAAGGGGGGUGAUGAUGGGGGGGACACGGACACAGUGGGGGGGGACCCCGAGCUCUGAGCCUGCUCCCCCCCCCUGCCCCAGCACAGGCUGAGGGCAGCUGCUUCGAACCCAGUCUUUAUUUGCCAUUUGGGAGCAUUUUGGUGGAAUCCGAACAAAAUGGAAUAAAAACCUCGGGAAAAGAA